UAUACGCUUAAUUGCGCUUGCAGAGCUGGAGCACAUAUCAAGAAACGAGCAAGCAUCAUAUAUUUCUCUUCAAAUUGUUAUGGAAAAAAGCUGAGCAGUAUGUUGAAGGCACAGGCUAAAGAUGCAAUGCAACAUGCCAAGUCGUUUGGAGAGAACUUUGCACGUACUAACAAGUACAUGCAUGCCAACAAGCUAUGGCUACAAACUGUACCAACUACUGACUGUGAGGUGGUAGUUAUCUUCCCUACCAAGACGGAUGAUGCUGUUAUCAUGUGGGUCUUAGCUAAGCUGAAGGAGAGGCUACAAGAGCUUAAAGUAGCUGUUAGACAUCAUGCACAUACAGGAACAUGUGGACUCUAUCUCUCUGCCUCAUCUGACUGUUUGUUACAAGGAGCAGAGAAUCUUAGCUUUCGCAAGCCACUGAAGGCUGAGUAUGGAGGAGGACUGAAGGAGUUUACCUGUCUGGAGGCUAGCAUGUAUGAAGGAGCUGAUGAUGCUCAUCAAUUCCUUUCAUCUCAGGAGCGCCAAAAAAUCAUCCAUUACAUGCUUGAAAGCCUGAGAGCAGUGGAGGGUGAUAGACUGGGCAAGGUGAAGUUUGUGGACAAUGAACCAAUAGUGCCAAAGCUUCAAGCGAAAGGGGUCAUCUCCAAAGUCUUCCCUCUUCAUAAGCGUGACGAUCUGCAAGUCCUCAAGAAAACAUGGGUUCAAGCCUUCUUCAAGCCACAACCAUUGGAUGCAGUAUGUGACUACUUUGGAGUAAAGAUAGCAAUAUAUUUUGCUUGGCUAGGGUUCUAUACGCAAGCCCUUCUCUUUCCUGCUGUAGUUGGUCUGCUUGUAACCAUCUUUGUUGAUGAUAGCAAUCAGUUGAAUCAAGACAGGAGUGUGGUGUUUGUCUCGUUCUGUAACAUUACCUGGGCUUCCCUUAUACUGGAGGUAUGGAAGAGAAGGGGAUCUGCCCUGGCCUAUCGAUGGGGAACGUUAGACUCCAAACAUGAGCUUAUUGAAGAGCCACGCCCUCAGUUUAAGGGAGACUUGGUUGUGAACAGUGUAUCAGGCAAGCUGCAGCCCUACUAUCCUGCUUGGAAACGUAAUGUCUUCAGAUACUUUGUAACGCUCCCAGUCAUCUUACUCUGCUGCAUCAUAGCAUUUGUCUCCAUGUAUCUCAUUCUGGAGCUCCAGGAGUGGGUCAAUUCUCACAUUCAGCAAAACAAUUGUUAUUGGUGGGUUGGUUACAUUCCGAAGAUCACCCUUACUGUUGUGAUCAGCGUGAGUGACAUUGCCUUUAAGAGGGUUGCCUACUGGCUGAACAGGAAGGAAAACUACCGUCUUCAGAGCACGCAUGAAAAUCAACUCAUUCUUAAACUGGUUACGGCCUGCAAAGCAUACUACAAAAGUACCGUGCAGUUUAUCAAUCAUUUCCUUGCAUUGUUCUACAUUGCCUUCAUUCUCAAAGACAUGACAAGACUUAGAAAUUAUUUGGGAACGAUAUUCAUCCUUCGCCAAUUGACUGGUAACUUCAAGGAGUCAGUUCUGCCUUACAUCACAGAGAAGCUGAAAGUCUACCGAAUGACUUACGUGACUGCCAGUAAAUUCCAUACUGAUGAGGAAACAAGAAGACAACAAGACAAAUCAGAGGCAACAGAGAAACAAGGAGACAUGUCAGAGGUAACCAAGAGACCAGAAAACAUGUCAGAUAGAACAAUGAGACAAGAAAAUAUGUCAGAUGAAACAAAGAGACAAGGAGACAUCUUAGAGGGAACAGAGGGACAAGGAGACAUCUUGGCGGGAACAGAGGGACAAGGAGACAUCUUGGAGGGAACAGAGAGACAAGUAGACGUGUCAGAGGAAACUAAGGGACAAGCAGACGUGUCAGAGGGAACUAAGGGACAAGGAGACGUGUCAGAAAUUGCAUGUGGUUCCAGUGAAGAGAAGUUCAUCAUCACCCAGGCUGAGCUUGAGUCUGAGAUGCGCUCCUAUGAGGAUACCUUUGACGAUUACUUGGAGAUGGUCAUCCAGUUUGGUUAUGUCAUCCUCUUUUCAUCUGCCUUUCCUUUGGCUGGGUUAUUUGCAGUCAUUAAUAACACUGUUGAGAUCCGUAGUGAUGCAUUCAAGCUCUGCUCCAUUAAACACAGGCCAUUUGGACAGAGGGUCGAGAACAUAGGAUCCUGGCAGCAAGCAUUGGAAGUUAUGGCUGUGAUUGGAGUGAUAGUGAACUGUGCCUUGCUGGGUAUCUUUGGUCAUGUGGGACAAGCCUUCCCAAGCCUUACACCUACUGGAGUCAUUCUAUGCAUCGUUGUCGUAGAGCAUGUGAUUCUAGCUGCAAAGCAAGCUAUUUCAUUGGGCAUACCUGAUGUACCUCACUGGGUCUCCAUAGAGAUGGCUAAACUAGAGUACAGGAGACGUGAAGCUCUGAAGAAAAUGGAGGUGGAUGCUCUGCAUUGCGCCAAGAAGUCGCCGAGUGUAAAGCAAGAAGAUGACAAGAAAGGUGAUCCAAAGCUGAAGAUACCACAGCGUGGGAAGGUGUGGCCUUCUAGUAUGAAGGAAACAGCUGCAAAUUUCAACCUUUUUCAGAACGACAAAGCAGUAGGCACUGACCAAGUCACAAGUGAUGGUCAAGUGAGAAAUGAUGUCCAAGAGCUUCCUGAAAAGCCCAGUCAUGAAAAGAAGUCUGACUAAGAUAGUAUGUACCGGUAUCCCCAUUGGAAUUUGAUUUGAUUAGACUUGAGGUUAAGUUUGUCAAAGGUCAUAGAGAUCAAUUUUUGAAAUAUAGGUUAUUGCCUUCUAGCAUAAUCUC